CUCCCUGUAGGUGCUCAACUCUACACGGACCCCAUCUCUCUUCUAAUUCUACGCAAACUGUGGGGGGACUCCUGCCUGCAAGACAAGAUCCACUGACAGGAAAACAAAACACAGCGGAUGUGGGACCUUAACUCGGGGGGCUUCUUCUGGCCGGCAAGCGACAGCAGCAACUAAACUACGCUCCCAAUAAUGAAGAGACUACUAUAAUUCGAUUAGGUCUCGUGUACGGUGAGGCGCUCUGGAUCAACUUCAAGCUGCGGAAGGACCGUCUAUUUUUUUCAAGUGGACGACCCAUAAACCGCACUUGGUGUGGUAGAGACCCACUUAAACUCUCUUUUGUUUUCAAAGCUUCGGGAGGUCCAGACAUAGGACAGGAAUCGAGCCGACAUGUCUUCCCGUGGACAAACCUCUCUCCUCGUGACGGUGAUUUUGAUGGUGUUGCUGCAAUGCUUCCAGGCCGCCCCUUUAGCUGAAGGCUCUGGGAGUCAAGUUCCCCAGCUGGUAUCAGGCGGAGUUGCUCUCAGUCCAAGAUGGUCUGAAAUCGUCAUAGACCAGGAAGGAAGUGGUGGCGAGUCCGAAGCGUCACAGUUCUCAUCGACUUCGGAUAUUCUCUCGCAGUCGAGUAGUCUUGAACCGUCAAGCGAAGUUCUGAGCAGCUCCGACACCGCCGAGGCUUACGGCACAUCCAGUGAAGGCGAUUCCGAUUUUGUGAUCGAAGAAUCCGGUGUCGAUAACGAGGAGUCGAUACUGAUUCAGACGACGACGAUUUGGCAGGAGUUAGACGAUAACGAUUUUGACCUGGACGGUGGGGCUGGGAAUGAAGUCGGUCAGGAAGGAGGGGAGGAGCCUGGCACUGACCAGGAGGAGGGGGAUAAUGUCGACAAUGAAAUCAUGAAUGUCACACCAACAGAAGCCGAGACGACAACGUCUGUUGACGACAACGCCAUCCCCGGUGGUGUACGCAACAGCCCGAUUGAGUCUGGCGAACAGGAGAGUAACAACUUGAACAUCAUCUCGAAUGUACUUGGGAACGAGGUUGGGGAUCACGAAGGCCGAGUCAAGGGGGGCGUCGGGACGCCUAACGAGCCGAAUGAGACCAGUGAAAGCAGCGGCAUACCAGGCUCGGGUGUCAUGGCGGUGGUUAUGUUUGCUGCAGCGAUCGGAGUUGGUGCAUUGAUUAGUUUCAUCAUGUUUAGCGUGUCUAGAUUCUUUAAGAAAACUACCUCCCGUAACAACGACCCCAAAUAAAUCAGAAAAACUCUGCGGACAUUUAGUUAGAGUACUAGACCAGACGUUUAAUUGGUUGUCUUUCUACGAACAUAAAAACAUGCAGUCAAGUGUAUUCAUUCGGAUACAUUUCACACAAUUGUUGUACAUUUUUUACCUUUAAAAAUAUACUAAUUUCCAAGUGAGGAAGGAUGUUUUCAUCAUUAGACUUUGCUUUAAAAUUAUGAAGGUUCUUGUAAAAAAGAGGGCACAUCAACGAACAUUUAAAAAAACAUGCUCUCUUGUAAAAAAGGUAAUUAUUUACGUUUGUCAAUUGCCAUUGAUGAAGGUUGAUAGAGCUAAACCAGAAGAAUUUUGCCCGUAACAAGAUUGAUUUGUAUUACAUGGUAACUGAAGCCAACAAAUAUGUACAUUGCCUUUGGAUUGUGCGCUUUCUUGUCUAUUAGAAUGUUCAGAAAGAAUGUUUGUCAAAAAAUUACUGUUUUAAAGUAGAAUGUAAUUAUAUUCUACAAAAUGGUCCCUUAAAUCCAUUGUGUUGUUCUUUUGAAUUGAACACAUAGAACACAGCCAGGUAUAUGUAAAACUAAAAUAUCGCUUUCUCAAAAUAGCGGACUAGAUCGUGAAACAGUUUAUUACCUUCGGUCCGUUUAUUUAAAUUUUUCAAUGUCAUGUUAUUGUAAUUUAAAAGACUGGUUGACUAAGGUCAUUGGCUUAGGUCAUUUCAUUGCACUGAACUUUAACCUGUGAUCUCUGGAGAUGGGGCAAGUUAUUACAUAAGACACUAGCACGCGUAUGCGGCCUCUGUUGACCGGUCCUUAUUAAUUAUGUAGCGCCAAUUUCACCCAAUUGUGACCGGUACCAUGCUACACCAGUCUAUACCAACGUGUAAAUGUUGGGCAAAUAUUGGGUGAAGGUAACUGAAGAUUUUUAGGGGAUGGAAACGUCUCGCAGGACAAAGGUUUAAAACAAUAUUCCGGAAAACAUAUAUCCACUGAGCUUUGCAGCACAACAUAUUGGUAUUCGUAGGAAUGUUUAAAGAACAUGUCAUCAAGGCAAUUUACAGACAGGGUGAACAUCAAUCCACAUGAUAAUGUCAAUAUAUUUGGUUGAAUGUACAGUAGGGUAGUAAGACAAACAAAAAUGCAUGCUGAAUUAUAAGUGCUUCUUUUCGCUUGCGUGACAUGGCCUUUAUGAUUCAAACCCUGAUUGGACCAUGCUCCUAUGUUGAUGCAUUGGACAGCAAUGAAUAAAACAAAAACAAAAUACACAAAUGAUCGUUAAUAUCAAUGUAUAGAAUAGUUGUAUUGUCAUUCAUAAUUGCUUGACAAUGUGUAUAUAAAAUUGCCUGGUAUUUUUCAUUUUAAGAAAAGUAACGUGCAGGUUUUAAAAACUCAAAUAAAAAAACUUAACAAACGUUAAA